GGGUUGGCUGCCAUUUCAGAGCGUUAUCGAAGCUUAAACACACAGACAGCUCCUGCAUACAGCGUAAACAGGAACUAUUGCAGUACAACGCAGGAAGAACCCUUAAAACCACUGAGCUAGAGACGCGAGAAUCCAUCUUAUUAAUGCCGUUUACACAUACAAGUCUUCACAGAGACAUUACAUAAACCAGCAGGUUCACACGAAGAAAGACGCGCCACGUGCAAACUCGUGAGACGUUUGAAUGCUUGAGAUUCUUCUUCCUUCAAGAUGCUUUCAGGAUCAAAUGCGCUGGCGUUCUACGUCAUGGUACUUGGGAAUGUUCUGGGUGCCCAAACCAAGUUCAUUGAGCGACUGCAAAAACGUCUUCAUCUCCGUGAAGUGUAUUCUGUGGAGGAGUGUGACGUUGUCAUUGCUUUUGUCCCUGUCGUGUCUCGGGCUGGAACGGACAUACAAUCUGCUCUUCAAAAGCUUGAGACUCUCUUUCUUCCAGCGAGUCAGCCUGUUGUCCUCGUGGUGUUCCAUCACACGUUUGAUGUAAAUUACGUUGCUCCAGAUAGCAAACUGUCUGUGAAGAAGGAUGGUGUGUUUGCUGUGGACAUCCUCUUUCAUGAAGAUGAUGGACUUUUGAACGGCCUGCACAAUGACAAGAUGCUGAAAUCUACUACUGAUUAUCUGAUCUCUAAGGGCGCUUCACCGGAUAUUCAGACUGAUCCAGCAAAAACAUCCAGACGAGCUCAACUAAGGCUGAUUGUAGUCCCCGUUUUGGUCGGUUGUGUUGUUGCUGGUGUUGUUUCUGCAAUAACUUGGAUAUUCAUUGUUUGUUUUUGAUCAACUGUAACUAUGCAGCAAACUAAUCUGUCUUAAACCACAUAAAAUAACGAACCAACAAAUGUAAUAUCUUUCUCAUAAUCAAGAUCACAUUACGAUAAACAACAACAACAACAACAACAACAAAAAAAAAGCCCAAAAUAAAAUUUUAAGGAGAGGUUAAAGAUUUCAUUAGCACCUUAGCAUAAUUAUUCUGCUAGUAAGUAAUAGCUAAUAGCUAGCUGUAUGCAGUAGUCAAUGUUAUCUAACGUUGAGCAGCAUCAGAUAAGUUAGAUAAAACAACAUUAAUAUUAGAAAAUUUGACCAGUGCCUUCAGAAGGUCUGAAUAUGUCAAGAAGUGACCUGCCCGUGAUAAAAAGUUAUCUGUAAGUGUAUUUAAUAAACAGCACAGAAAUAUAGAAAAGAUCGAGUUAGGAGGGUAAUGUUGGCUAGUUAGCGUAAAUAUGAAUUGGAUCAGAUAACAAAAUACACCAUAAAAGUACACAUACCCUGAGGGUAAGUUUUGUUCUCAUGCUGUCUUUUAGCUAGCUAGCUAACGUUAAUCGCUUCGCUAUCUAGAAUUAUUAAGUUGACUGUAAACAAUGUAACAUCUGGUAAGGUGCUCGAUUAAUCCACAGUAUUUCUGUCAAACAUGCAGCAUUUUUAAGCAAUGAGUGUGUCUCCAUCACGGCUCCAGAGCACUAGAAGGUCAUCUGUAGUGUCUGAUGGGAAGCCGAGGAGCGAGGAUAGUGCCCUUGGGAUAAAUAUGUGAAUGGGAUCUGUCUCUGAUUAAGGAGCAGAAGUUCUCAACAAGGAGACAGAAGAAGUAAUGUUUUUCCCUUACUGUGUCAUAUUCUUGUUAUUUAUGCUGCGCUUACCAUUUAUGGGGAAAAAAAAAAAAGUUCAUAUUCACAGUUGAGUUGGAAUUUUGGGAGCUUUCAUACUGCCUGUAUUUUUCAGAACAUUUUGAGGCAGUUCAGUAUGUACACGUGCUGUGUGUCCAAGGAAAUGGUCUUAAAUACUCGUUUUAGUUUCUAUUUCAUUUCAAAAUGAAUUAGAGCUGAUAAAUUUUCACUGCCAUUAUUAAUAAGAUAUUGUGGUAAUGUUUACCAUGAAUACAGCUAAAUGCUAAAGCUGGAUAAAAAUAUAAAUAAAUA